CAGGAAUGUGGGGGGCGGGGGUUCCACAGACUGUCCGUUCUUGAAAUACUGAGAGGUCGCCCCUGGAAAUGCCCCACAGAUGACAGAAAUAAAUGUGACCUCUCCUCGCCUCAGUCCUCCCAGACUUCCCUGUGGACUUGCGCCCGCCUCGGGACGCACCUGUGCGUGCUGUGGAGCGCCGGCUGCCUGGGCUUGGCCUACUACGACACCGGCGACUCGGCCGUGCACUUCAUGCCCGACGCCCCGGACCGCGAGAGCCUGCAGCUCCUGCAGAGAGUCCUGGAUGAAAUCAGCCCCCGGUCUGUUGUUACCAGUGCCAAACAGGAUGAGAAUAUGACUCGGUUCCUGGGGAAGCUUGCCUCACAGGAACACGGAGAGCCUAAGAGACCUGAAAUCAUAUUUCUGCCAAGUGUGGAUUUCGGUCUGGAGAUAAGCAAACAGCGCCUCCUUUCUGGAAACUACUCUUUUAUCCCAGACUCCAUGACCACCACUGAGAAAAUUCUCUUCCUCUCCUCCAUAAUUCCCUUUGAUUGCCUUCUCAUGGUUCGAGCACUUGGAGGGCUGCUCAAGUUCCUGGGUCGAAGAAGAAUCGGGGUUGAACUGGAAGACUAUAACGUCAGCGUUCCCAUCCUGGGCUUUAAGAAAUUUGUGCUGACCCAUCUAGUGAGCAUAGAUCAAGAUACUUACAGGUGGGGACAGAGUCAUAAACUGGCCUACACUGCCCUGGGUGGAGCAGCCUUUUGUGACCAAGGAACAGAGAACACUGUACUUGCCAGUACAGAUACAUAUUGCCACAAUCGUCAGGGACCUGCAAACACAUUUUCACAAAUUGAGAUCACGACAAUGAUGAGAACAGAUGUAAUUUCAGGUCUCCUCACCCCAACCUUAACUUCCAGGCUGUGGUUCACACGUCCAACUCAUGACCUGGGGGAACUAAAUUCUCGUCUGGAUGUCAUCCAGUUUUUCCUGCUACCCCAGAAUCUGGACAUGGCUCAGAUGCUGCAUCGGUUGCUGGGUCACAUCAAGAAUGUGCCUCUGAUUCUGAAACGCAUGAAGUUGUCCCACACCAAGGUCAGCGACUGGCAGGUUCUCUACAAGACUGUGUACAGUGCCCUGGGCCUGAGGGAUGCCUGUCGCUCCCUGCCUCAGUCCAUCCAGCUCUUCCGGGACAUUGCCCAAGAGUUCUCUGAUGACUUGCACCACAUCGCCAGCCUCAUUGGCAAAGUGGUGGACUUUGAGGGCAGUCUUGCUGCAAAUCGCUUCACAGUCCUCCCCAACAUAGAUCCUGAAAUUGAUGAGAAGAAACGAAGGCUGGCGGGGCUUCCCAGUUUCCUCACUGAGGUCGCUCGGAAGGAGCUGGAGAAUCUGGACUGCCGCAUUCCUUCGUGCAGCGUCAUCUACAUCCCUCUGAUCGGCUUCCUUCUUUCUAUCCCCCGCCUGCCUUCCAUGGUGGCGGCCAGUGACUUUGAGAUCGAGGGACUGGACUUCAUGUUCCUCUCAGAGGAGAAGCUGCACUAUCGCAGUGCUCGAACCAAGGAGCUGGACGCAUUGCUGGGGGACCUGCACUGCGACAUCCGUGACCAGGAGACCCUGCUGAUGUACCAGCUGCAGUGCCAGGUGCUGGCUCGGGUGGCUGUCUUGACCCGGGUGUUGGACCUUGCUUCCCGCCUGGACGUCCUGCUGGCUCUUGCCAGUGCUGCCCGGGACUAUGGCUACUCAAGGCCCCGUUACUCUCCCCAGCUCUUUGGGGUACGAAUCCAGAAUGGCAGACAUCCUCUGAUGGAGCUCUGUGCCCGAACCUUUGUGCCCAACUCCGCAGAAUGUGGUGGGGACAAAGGGAGGGUCAGAGUCAUCACUGGCCCCAACUCUUCAGGGAAGAGCAUAUACCUCAAACAGGUAGGCCUGAUCACAUUCAUGGCCUUGGUGGGCAGCUUUGUGCCAGCAGAGGAAGCCGAAAUCGGGGCAGUAGACGCCAUCUUCACCCGUAUUCAUAGCUGCGAAUCCAUCUCCCUUGGCCUCUCCACUUUCAUGAUCGACCUCAACCAGGUGGCAAAAGCAGUGAACAGUGCCACCGAGCGGUCUCUGGUCCUUAUUGAUGAAUUUGGAAAGGGAACCAACACGGUAGAUGGGCUCGCACUGCUGGCUGCUGUCCUCCGACACUGGCUGGCUCUCGGACCCACAUGCCCCCACAUCUUUGUGGCCACCAACUUUCUGAGCCUCGUUCAGCUACCCUUGUUGCCACAGGGGCCCCUUGUGCAGUAUUUGACCAUGGAGACCUGUGAGGAUGGGAAUGACCUUGUCUUCUUCUAUCGGGUUUGCGAAGGUGUGGCCAACGCCAGCCAUGCCUCCCACACAGCUGCCCAAGCCAGGCUUCCUGACAAGCUCAUAGCUCGUGGCAAGGAGGUCUCGGACUUGAUCCGCAGUGGCAAGCCCAUCCAGCCUCUCAAGGAGCUGCUGAAGGAGAAGCAAAUGGAAAAUUGCCAGACAUUAGUAGAUAAGUUUCUGAAACUGGAUUUGGAAGAUCCCAACCUGGACCUGGACAUUUUCAUGCGCCAGGAAGUGCUCCCUGCAGCCACCACCAUCCUCUGAGAGACCUUCGUCGGCCCUCCUCCCCUUCCCACACCCUGUGGGCUGCCAUGCCCUUUUUGUUUCUUUAGACCCAAAGUUCUCAGUUUCCCCAGAAAUCUUGUUUCACAUUAGGAAUAAAGUUUAUUUUGGA